AUGGACCAUGCUAGGUUUAUGGUACAUGAACAACACAAGAGGAGAGUCGUCGAAGGAAGAGAGGCCGAGAAGGCAAGAAGCCUAGGCCAUCAUAUAAGGUUGGUUCAAGAACAGGUAGGAGUUCAUUUGGAAUCCAAGAUGGGCCCAAAUAUAAGAAGGGCAAUGAUAGAAAUUCCCAACGUGACAGAAGGUCGUGUGGUAAGUGUGGUCGUUCGCAUUGAGAGUGGCCAUAUGAUUAGGGACUUCCCAAAUGUGAAGAGUCAGGCACAAGAAGAUACUAAGCCUCGGCCUAAUACUACUACUGCAGCUGAGCCUCCUAAAAGGAACAGGUUCUAUCCUUUGAAAAGAAGACAGGAGAAAGAGAAGUCAAAUGAUAUGGUUAGUGGUAACUUGCUUGUCUUUACUUUUACUGUGUAUGUAUUGUUAGAUCUAGGAUCUACCUUGUCUUGUGUUAAUCCUUUAGUAGCUAGUAAAUUUGACUUUCUUCCUGAGAUGUUGCAUGAGUCUUUUCUAGUUACUACUCCCAUAGGAGACAAUAUUAGAUCCUAA